UUUGUCCAUGCGACUUUCCGUACUAGGCGUUUAGUACUUGAGGAAGUGAAUGGUUAGUGUGAAACGUUAGUUAGCUGAGCUAAAUACAAACACUAACGGUUCUAUCUACGGAGAAGUCAAAUUUGCUUCCUGUAUAAAACACGCAAUGGCAUAUCAGCUCUACCGAAACACGACACUCGGAAACAGUUUACAAGAGAGUCUUGAUGAACUUAUACAGACUCAACAGAUUACCCCACAGCUAGCCCUUCAAGUACUGUUACAGUUUGACAAAGCCAUCAACACUGCACUGGCUAACCGAGUUCGCAACAGAGUCAACUUUAAAGGAUCGCUGAACACGUACAGAUUUUGCGACAAUGUAUGGACAUUUGUUUUGAACGAUGUGGAGUUUCGUGAGGUCACUGACCUGGUCAAGGUGGAUAAAGUGAAAAUAGUAGCCUGUGAUGGAAAAAACACUGGCUCUAAUACAGCAGAGUGAAAUGGAGGGAGAAGGCAUAUCAUCAAAGAGAAUGCCACAACGACAGGAAGAAGAGUAAAAGAAAAAAAAGCAAAGGACUGUACACAUACUAUUUAUUACAAAUGACAGCGCUCCAACUUUCAUAUAACAACCAGUUCCACACAAGGCCUUGGACAUUUUAUACAUAUAUAUAUAUAUAUAUAUAUAUAUAUAUUGAGAGAGAGAGAGAGAGAGAGAGAGAAAUAAAACAUUUAUUUCUCUUUCUGUUUGUUAUAAUUUUGCUUUGGUUAUGUAAUAAAUUGUUUUAAAAUA